AUGUUCCUAGACAGAGCCGGACUUCGAACGCUGUGUCCUGCUACUCCUGCUGGGGCUCCUCCAGAUGUCAUGGAGUUGGGUCUGUCUCCACCUCAUCUCGGCAGCUCCUCAGAAGACCUGUACCCGGCCCCUGGGACCCCUCCUGGGACUCCCCCGCCUCCCCAUGUCCCUCUGUCUGGGGAGGUGAAGAGGUCCCAGCCUCUGCCCAUUCCGACCAGCAAGAAACUUCUUCGACAGGAGGAGCUGCGGUCAACCUCUCUACCCUCCAUCCCCAACCCCUUCCCCGAGCUCUGCAGUCCUUCUUCACAGAGCCCCAUUCUUGGGGGGCCCUCCAGUGCAAGGGGGCUGUUCCCUCGAGACACCGGCUGCCCCCAUGUCAUAAAGGUGUACAGCGAAGAUGGGGCCUGCCGCUCAGUGGAGGUGGCAGCGGGCGCCACGGCUCGCUACGUGUGUGAGAUGCUGGUGCAGCGAUCUCAUGCCCUGAGUGACGAGAACUGGGGGCUGGUGGAGGGCCACCCCCACCUAGCACUGGAGCGGGUCUUGGAGGACCACGAGUCGGUGGCGGAAGUGCAGGCUGCCUGGCCCAUCGGCGGAGACAGCCGCUUUCUCUUCCGGAAAAACUUUGCCAAGUACGAGCUGUUCAAGAGCACCCCACACUCCCUGUUCCCAGAAAAGAUGGUCUCCAGCUGUCUGGACGCACACACGGGCAUAUCCCACGAAGACCUCAUCCAGAACUUCCUGAAUGCAGGCAGCUUCCCAGAGAUCCAGGGCUUCCUGCAGCUACGGGGGUCAGGACGCAAGCUUUGGAAACGCUUCUUCUGCUUCCUACGCCGGUCUGGCCUCUAUUACUCCACCAAGGGCACCUCCAAGGAUCCGCGGCACCUGCAGUAUGUAGCAGAUGUGAAUGAGUCCAACGUGUACGUGGUGACCCAGGGCCGCAAGCUCUACGGGAUGCCCACGGACUUUGGCUUCUGUAUCAAGCCAAACAAGCUUCGGAAUGGCCACAAGGGGCUUCGCAUCUUCUGCAGUGAGGAUGAGCAGAGCCGCACCUGCUGGUUAGCGGCCUUCCGCCUCUUCAAGUAUGGGGUGCAGCUGUAUAAGAAUUAUCAGCAGACACUGUGCCGCCACCUGCGCCCACCCUGUGUGGGUUCCCCGCCCUUGAGGAGUGUCUCAGACAACACCCUGGUGGCCAUGGACUUCUCUGGCCACGCCGGGCGUGUCAUCGAGAACCCCCGGGAAGCUCUGAGUGCCGCCCUGGAGGAGGCCCAGGCCUGGAGGGUUUGUACUGGGGACCUACUCUCCACAUGGGUACCCAUGGAGUGGGAAGAGGAAAGCGAGGGGAGAGGGGAGGCCCCCGGCUGCGGAAAGAGGCUCUGUAUUCUCCAGGGGCUGGUAAUACCCCAGCCACGCCCUGAGCCCCCGUGUCCCCCACUUGCUCCACAGAAGAAGACGAACCACCGUCUCAGCCUGCCCACCCCGAGCUCGGGCACGAGCCUCAGUGCAGCCAUCCACCGCACCCAACCCUGGUUCCACGGACGCAUUUCCCGCGAGGAGAGCCAGCGGCUCAUCGGGCAGCAGGGCCUGGUAGACGGCGUGUUCCUCGUGCGAGAGAGUCAGCGGAACCCGCAGGGCUUUGUCCUCUCGCUGUGCCACGUGCAGAAAGUCAAACAUUACCUCAUCCUGCCGAGCGAGGAGGAGGGGCGCCUGUACUUCAGCAUGGACGAGGGCCAGACCCGCUUCACCGACCUGCUGCAGCUUGUGGAGUUCCACCAGCUGAACCGCGGCAUCCUGCCCUGCUUGCUGCGCCACUGUUGCACCCGCGUGGCCCUCUGACCACCACACAGGCACUCAGCCCACUCUGCGCUGCCCACCCACCUCCGCUCCUAGGGUGCACUCGGAGGGGGCAGAAAGUGGGGCCAGGGUCAUCGUGAAUGGCUGGGGGCUCCCCCACUCCGGUUUCCUCCUCGGCUCCUGGCCUCCCUCAGGCCGAAAGUGCUCCCCGCCCGGUCCACCCUUAACUUCUCCUUAAGGGAAGGCACUUGGGUGGGCAUCUCCCCUUCCUGGCGCUGCUCUGGGGCAAGGCAUUAUGGGAGAAAUGGGGGCAGCCCAGGUGGUCUUUACACUCCACACUU